UAGAUAAAUUUAAUGUCUCAUCAACAGAGUGAAUAGAGUUCCGACGGAAAUUUAAAUUGAAUUUUGAAUUUGCUGGUGCACCCGGGUGUAAAUAAGCGCUGAUAAGGCGGCCGGUGAAAGUGCGAGUGCCAGUGAUAUCGCGACGCACAGACAGCUGCAGUGACUAACAAGAUUGCAAUUGUGGCCGCGACGCCGACGAGUUGAACGCAUUUCGCAGCGCACACGACGGUACAGAUUCAGAUUUUCUUUUUGUUUUGCCCGCUGUGACCGCGCACAGUGUGCAUUAAAAGCGCGAGCAAGGAGCAACAAACGAUAAGCAGACGCACAGGAGGCGGACAAAGCAACUGGCCAUGGACACCAGUGGCGGCAAUUUAGAUUCCCUGGACGACAACACCCCAUUGCCCGAAUUGAGUUUUGAGGACUUGUUGGAGCCAACGGAGGAUAAAAGCCCACAACACAUGGAUAUCGAUGCCCUGGAUUCGGAGGACGAGGAUGCCUCCGGUCAUGACAUGGCCAAUGACUCGCUGCACACGCCACAGUUCAAGAAAUCCACCAUUCAAAUAUUGGAGAACAAGCGUCUGUCCACCUCGGGAGUAGCCCCCGUCCUCAAGACGCAUGCCAUCAAGGUGGUGACCUCAGGGACGGGACUGUCUAGCCUGGGAGGAACUGGUACAUUGACCACGCCGGUCAAGCCUCAAAUAACGGACGUUAAGAUCCUUAACAAACUGAAACCAAUCUCCACCAGCAGCAGCAGUAGCAUUACCAGCAACGUCAAGAUCGUUACCACAGCCACACCGGGCGGAGUGACCAAGACGCUGAAUAACCUGACACAGAUCAAGACGCCCGAUGGCCGGAUACUCUACGUCCAGAAGUCUACGCCCGGAACAUCAACUCCAGCUAAGGCCGCCACUGUGGCAGCGUCCCCGACCAGUGGAAUACGCCGCCUCGUUGCCCCGCCAAACAUCCAGAAAGCGAUGCUCUCCAAGAACGUGACCAUAGCGGGCGCUGGCCUGGUAAAGGCUGCGGUACCGGUCAAAACGGGUGCCACUAGCUCAGUGCCUAUCACCCUUAAGGGCAUUACACCACUGGUCGCAGGCGGUGGUGUUGGAGGAAAGCCAGCACCAACAACUUCGCCCACAUCCAAUGCGGUGGCUGCUGCGCCGUCAACGAAAAUCCACGUGGUGCGUACAGCCGACGGCAAGAUCAUCAAGAUCAAUCAGACCAGUUCGCCGGUUCUCCUGAAUGCCAAACCGCCAGUGGCUGGAGUCACCCCUAGUACCACAUCCGUAGCCAUCUCGCCCACCAAGGGCAGCGUGGUGCUCGGUAAAUCCGUCGGCCAGGUGGAGUUCAAGACAGGGACUCCGGCUGCGACUCCGGUGAAGCAAGCUACAGCCACGACAGGCACCGUUUCCAGUGCCACAAGCCCUGGGACAUCUGGCAAGAUGCUGGUGCAGAGUGGUGGCAAACAGAUUCUGGUGUCCAGCAAGAACAUCAUCAAGCUAUCACCGAAACCGGGCGCUACCAGCUCCAUAACCAACACGCCCGGCGGGCAAGGCGUAUCUACGAGCGGACUGCACGCCGUUCAGCUGUCCGGCAAGGGAGGAGUGCAAUAUGUACGCGUGCUGACCAGCAACAAGGGUGCAGCCGGGACAACUGCAGCCGGAACGAGUGUAACCACGACGAGUGCAGCUGGGACAAGUGCAUCUGCAUCGACAGCAGCCGUUCCUGUGCCAAGAGCCCUGCCAGGCCAUAGGAUAACUGUGGUACGGUCUCAAGCUGGAGUUGUAACGGCCACCUCACCCUCAACAUCAAAAGCGACAACUGCAGCAUCUGCAGUAUCCGCAGCACCAGCUCAAAGGGCCAACCACGCCGUGAGCAGCAACUCCAACAAGAUUAUAAUGCGGUCAUUGGGCAGUAUUGUGCCGCUGCCCUCCAUGCAGACGUUGGUCUCUAAGCGUGCGCUGGGCGCCAGCACCAACGCCGCCACCAAGUCGGCCAGCAGCAGCAGCGGGGCUAGCGGACAGCAGGAGUCGUCUCGCAAGCACCGGCUAACCGAUCUCAAUAUGCAGCUUAAGAAUUUGGCCGCCAGUAGCGGCGAUGCCAGCGACAGCAGCGAUCCAGGUCCGGAGGCCAAGAAGCCACGUUUCGUGAUCAUGCAACAGGGCAGCCAGCAGCAACGCUCUUUGACUCCCAGCAGCAACACCAGCCCCAAUGCGCCCAAGAAGAUCUACAAUUUUAUGAAAACCACGGGAACCAAUGGGGUAAAGUACAUGAUCUGCAACUCGGGUGUUCCCCAGGCUUCGACCAGCUCCAUGCGGCGGGGAUACACUGGCUAUGUGGACAACAAGUUGCGGCGACCGCUGUCCAUUGCCUCGCAGCAGGCGAGGUUUAAGCAGAUGACUCCCCAGCAGCAGGCGAAACACUUGCAACUGCAGGCUCAGGCCAAGCAGAGGAUCCGGCAGCAGCAACUGCAGUCGGCGGGGGGCCGGGAAAGGGGAACGCUGCCAACGCUGCCAACGCUGCCCACAAAGCCACCUCAAGUCACGAAAGCCGCGGCUUCCGGCAAGCCGCUUUUCGAUAUACUGAAACCACCGUCGACCGGGGCAGGAUCAGGCGCCGCCGCCGAUGCACUGGCCGGCAUGACGUCGCGCCGGAAACACUGCAACUGCAGCAAGUCGCAGUGUUUGAAGCUCUACUGCGACUGCUUUGCGAACGGCGAGUUCUGCCAGGACUGCACCUGCAAGGAUUGCUUCAACAAUCUGGAUUAUGAGGUGGAGCGAGAGCGGGCCAUCCGCAGUUGUCUCGAUCGCAACCCAAGCGCCUUCAAGCCCAAAAUCACGGCUCCCAAUUCGGGUGACAUGCGUCUGCAUAACAAAGGCUGUAAUUGCAAGCGAUCUGGAUGCCUCAAGAACUACUGCGAGUGCUAUGAGGCCAAGAUUCCCUGCACCAGCAUAUGCAAAUGCGUGGGCUGCCGAAACAUGGAAGAUCGUCCGGACGUGGACAUGGACUCGCUGGAUGGCCUGUACGGUGCCAAGAGCACUCGAAGGGUUCCAGAUGAGAGCGACAAGCACACGCUUAAGAACCGCUCCAAAAUGUAUUUGACGGACGAUGUCAUUGAGGCGACCAUCAUGUGCAUGAUAUCUCGGAUUGUGAUGCACGAGAAGCAGGGCAUGCCCGUUGAGGACACCGAGCGCGAGGUGAUGGAGGAGCUCGGGGAAAGCCUCAAUCAGAUAAUCUUGUUUGCCAGGGAAAAGAGCGAUACAACGGCUUACGUAGACGAGUCCAAUGCAGCUUCUUAGGGCACCGGCAGUCGCCGCUAACUUAGUCACACAUGAAUUAGUUUUUAAGUUCAAAGCGUUCUUGACCUUUUCUGUAACCCUCGUAACUAUAUACAUAUUUCUCGGGCUUUCUAAAAGUUGACCUUAAAUUUUACAUAUGUAAAUACCGUGACAGAUACACAUAGCAAAUUUCAGAUACAUAAGACAAUUUUAUUUCGCAUUAAAGCGUCUUUUGCUUACCCUUAUAAUUAUGUUGAAAACGCAUCCCUCUGAAUCCGAUGUAAAUAAUGAUGAUGUGUAAACUCAAUAAAGUUUAAAUAAAGUUUUAA